GCGAAUGCAUCUUGGGAUAGAAACACUAGCCACAGAGUUAACAUUGACUCGAGUUUACUAAAAUUGACGUUCUAUACACGCGCAGUACAUACGUUCACGUAGUACACGUAAAUAAGAUCGUACUGUCAUCUCAAAACCCACACCUCGUGGCGUAAUACACUGUCAUCAACGUAAUAUAUGGCGCGGUUGUUUCAUGAAUGGCGUUUGGGAGGUAAACUGUUGUAAAGUUAUCGAAACUUAGCAAUUGCAAUCGAGUAUUACUCAACAUUCUGCUGAAACCCAAGUGCCAGAGAUUGUAGACUUAGAAUUGCUUUGAGACGUCUCUAAACCAGACUGUAACCCAAACAUUUCCAGAGAAACCGUGUGGGUGACCAUGACCUCGGAAUGACUUCAGAGUAAACUUCAUCACACCAAGACGUCUUUUGUUUUAUCUUUCAUAAUUCCUUAUGAUUCGAUGUGAAGAAAAGGGCUAGUCUACUCUGUACAGAGUUCUGUCAGACUUUUUAUCUGUUUCGUUGCUAAAGAUUGAACAUUCUUCAUCCAGCUCACUUUUGAGAAAUAGUUUUUGAGUACCACAAACACAAGCAUUGCCUUCUAUGGUGCUGUUUUGACGGAUUUAAUGAAAUACAAUGCUGACGGUUUAAUUGAGUAUGAAAGUUUGACAUACUUCCUUGAGGAUUAUAGCAAAUGAGAAGCAUCUGCUCGUAACAAUCUAUAAAAAUUAAAAUUAAUCUUGGUGCACUAUGGUGUAGUGGUAGAGAUCUGAGGACAAUUAUUCCAUUGAAGUUAAAGAAGGAGAAUGCUUGCAGACUGAGAAAGUAAGCAAUGGACCACUGCCGCCAUGUUGGAAAGCUAUGUGUAGGUCAGACACAUUCUAUACUUGACCCAUCAGAGUGGCACUGCUCAGUAUGUGGGACUACAGAGAGUGUAUGGGCUUGUCUGAGUUGCACCAAUGUUGCAUGCGGACGUUACAAUGAAGAGCAUGCCCUGAGGCACUACAAGGAAACUCAACACCCUCUGGCUAUAGAGGUCAACGAUAGAUACGUCUAUUGCUACGAGUGCGAAGACUACAUACUGAAUGACAAUGUGACGGGAGAUCUGAAGUUCUUGCGUGACACGCUGGAAGUGAUUACGAAGCAGACCUUUGAAGAUAAUGCGUCGAGGGGAGGAAAGAAGAGGUUUCUCAGGGCACUCUCUGUGGAUUCAGGGCAGCUGAAACACAGUCACGGGCGAGAUGAUUCAUUCUUCAUGCGAGACAAAGGCCACACCGCCCUCAUCCACAGACGCUUCAUGCUGCUAUCAAAGACAUUCCUCGCCUGGAAGGACCUCGUCCACGGCGACAAGACCACCGGGCUCAAGACGCCCGCGAAGAGCGCCACCACACCCAAGCGCGAACAGAACUCCGGGGAAGAAGAUCAUGAGAUAUCGUUCAAAGACCCAAGUCAGAUUGAGAUUGAGUCGAAGGCUAAAGCUGGUGUUAGUGUGCACCCUAAGGUGUCGAAACGUGUACAGAAGGUGGUGACGCCGAUCAAGAGGAAAUGGACAGUGUUAACGCCGGGAGUUACGGGGCUGAGGAACCUGGGGAACACGUGUUACAUGAACUCUAUACUUCAGGUGUUAAGCCAUCUUCUCCGGUUUCGGGACUGCUUCCUCAAAGUUGAGAUCGACCUCCGACCCCAUACCAAGUCGGAGGGCAAAGUUCAAAGUACAUCGUCAGAGAGCAGAAAGAGAACACACGAGUACGCGAGACAAACGACAGUGGAGUGUUUUAAGCUGUCGGAGACGCCUCGGAGCGGAGAGUCCAGUUCCAGUCGUGUCCAGAGACAGCAGAGGAACAGGGGGCCAGGAGGGGGCGGCCUGAACGGGGGGUCAGACGAUACGACCGUUGACCCCUCAAAGUGCAAAGACCCGAGAAAGGUCACCAAUAACUACCCCCUAUGUCAUGAGCUUCACAUGUUAUUCAGAGUGAUGUGGUCCGGGAAGUGGGCGAUCGUCUCACCUCACGGUAUCCUUAGCUCCGUCUGGAGACUCAUCCCUUCGUUCCGUGGCUACGCCCAACAAGACGCACAGGAAUUCCUCUGUGAGUUCAUGGACAAGAUUCACUCGGAGCUCCAGAGCUUGGCCACACCCCUCACCCUGUCGCUAGAUAACGGCGUUUCCAUGACGUCGGAGGAGAUCGUUCCUAAGAUCUUUGAAGGUUGGCUUGUCUCUCAAGUCAUGUGUCUGAAGUGCAGGUCCAAGUCCAACACCUACGAGCCGUUCUGGGACCUGUCGCUAGAGUUCCCUGAGAGGUACCAGUUCAGUUCCAUACGUACCAAUAUCUCCGAGGACACAUGUCACCUUACCGAGAUGCUCUCCAAGUUCACGGAGGUGGAGCAUCUAGACGGCCCUGUCUACCAGUGUGAAGAGUGUAAUAGCAAGAGAAGAGAGGCGUCAGGAAGACCGGUUAUACAGACAGAAGCUACCAAGAGAUUACUCGUCACUAAACUACCUCAUGUACUAAGACUGCAUCUGAAGAGAUUUAGAUGGUCAGGGAGAAACCAUAGAGAGAAGAUCCAUGUUCAAGUGAAGUUUGAUCAGGAGCUGAACAUGAGACAGUUCUGUCUGGUGGACCCUAACAAUAAGAAGCUCUUAACAACGGAAGACUACAUGUAUGACCUGACUUCAUUGGUUAUACACCAUGGCAGAGGGUUUGGCUCUGGUCACUACACAGCGUAUUCAUGGAAUCAAGAAGGAGGGUUCUGGGUGCAUUGUAACGAUGCGAGGCUGGAGCUGUGCUCGGUUGAGGACGUGACGGCGUGCCAAGCCUACAUCCUCUUCUACACCAAGAGGACGAACGUCGCCACGGCAACCACACCGGGCAAGGAAGAGGAGGAGGAGGAGAAGGAGACACCGGUAGAUGAGAGAGAUGCGGGCAAAGUGAAGAGGAGAAGAAUAACUCUCUAAGGAAAGGGAGUUUGAACUAUGAAGACCAUUGUUUAAAUAGUCAAAGAAAGAGAGAGAGAGAGAGAGAGCGCAAGAGACAGAGAAAGAGAGACAGA